UAAAUAAAAGGAGAGAGAGUGAGAACAAAUGAUGAGGCGAAUAGAUAAUGAAGAUCGGCGGCGUGGUCGUAUACGGCGGAGCUCCACGUGGCAGCGUUGUGCCUCUGCUUCUCCGCCGCCGCAGAGUUUCCCUCCGCGUUUUUUCUUCUUCCUCUUACUCCUCCAUUUCUGACCACGUUUCUUUCGUGAAGGAUGUGGCUGCGACUCAGCCUCCUCAACAUCUUUCACAUCUCCUAAAUAUUUUGAAAACCAGAGGUGAAACUAUUGUCUCACCGGGUGCCAGGCAAGGAUUAAUACCUCUUGCCAUCCCGCUGACAAAAAAUAGUUCUGGUAAUGUGACUGCACUGCUGCGGUGGCCCACGGCUCCACCCGAGAUGGAAAUGCCAGUGGUGGAAGUAAGAAAACAUGGAGUAUGGCUUUUGGCCAAGACUGUAGACCAAUUUAUACACCGAAUGAUAGUUGAGGAAGAUGUAAAGAACAGUCGGGAGAGAAAUGAAGCCGUAUUUAAUGCUUCGGCUGAUGCUGGGAAGAAACUUUACAGAACGGGUGAUUUUGCAGAGUCUGGAAUUUCUAACCUUGAUGUCUAUCUUUUGAAAAAGGUCGGUAUAUUUCCAGAUAUCAUAGAGCGCAAAGUGAUGCGGCAUUUUGAGGAAGGAGAUCAUGUUUCAGCAUUAGUAACUGGAGAAUUUUAUACCAAGAAGGAGCAUUUUCCAGGAUUUGCACGACCUUUUGCGUUCAAUGCGGAGGUUUUGCUGAGGUUGGUCUUAUUGCUGCCUUUCUGUUUAAUAAUUUUCUACAGGGUUGGUCGUAAAGUAGAAGCUAAAGAUGCUGCUAGGGGAGCUUUGAAAUCACCGUGGUGGACUCUGGGUUGCAAGUAUGAGGACGUAGCUAAUAUAGCACAAUGGGAUGAUGAGCAAAUUGAGUACAUUAAAGAGAGGGUGACUGAAGAGGGAAGGCAAGAAGAUAUUAAAAAAGGAAAGGCCCCUGAGCAGGUUGUGCUAGACGAAGCCGCUUUCUUGUUGGAUUUAGCUUCUGUAGAGGGAGAAUGGGAUGACUACUUAGAGCGGAUAGCCAAAUGUUACGAGGAAGCAGGACUUCCAGAUGUUGCCAAAUUUAUACUUUAUAGAGAUUGAUUUAAUUAA